AAAAACUCAAAAUUUCGUUGGUUUCGUUUGGCAUCAUUAUCUUGCGCUUUUCACGCAUGCUUCCUCUUUUCUUGAUCUUUUCGUCCUCUGGCACUAACUGUGGUCGUUGAUUUCGACGUAGCGCCUGCUAAAUUUUUAAAAUUCUAAAUUUUAUUUUAUAGAGAUGGGAGAUAUUCCUGCUGGUGAUCCUGAAAAGGGCAAGAAAUUAUUUGUACAAAAAUGUUCUCAGUGUCAUACUGUUGAGAAAGGAGGAAAGCACAAAGUAGGCCCCAAUCUCAAUGGCCUGAUUGGUCGUAAAACAGGACAGGCUCCUGGUUUCUCCUACACUGACGCUAAUAAAAGCAAAGGUAUAACAUGGAAUAGGGACACCUUAUUUGUUUACUUAGAAAAUCCUAAGAAAUACAUUCCUGGCACAAAAAUGGUAUUUGCUGGUCUAAAGAAGAAAAACGAGCGUGCCGACAUCAUUGCCUACUUAGAGGAAUCGACAAAAUGAUUUAAGUGAUUGUAGACAUCUCAAAUUUAUUUAUAAAUCUCAUCUCAUCAAAAAUGGUUUAGUUUUGGUCUAUUAUAGCACAGUCUGCCUCCAUACUUGUUUGUGCUGUCUGCUGUAAAUUUAGUUGGAUAAAUAAAUGAGUAUGGUCUGCUUGUAA